CGCAAUUCAAUCCAAUUCAAUCCCUAAAUGGGACAGUUAAAACAAAUAAACAUAUAUUAUUGAUUGCAUAUGUAUGUGACUCGGAAACGCCGAAGAUUUUUAUAGUUUAUAUGACAAUUCCAUAUUCCUAGUUCACCAUUUGCCGGCAGCUGUUUUUAGGAUUCUUUCUUACUUUUUGAGAAUCCUAAUUUGAUGCGCGACUUUUCAUACGCGAUGCUGGGAAGGCGGCGAUAGCAAAGCAAAAAUCUAAUUCAAUGUUCUGGCUGUUUCACACGUCAAGGAGAAGCAGCUGUUUCAAAGACCCUUGUCCGCCUAUUACGUUGGCUCUUGAUCAAUAUCGUCAAAAAGCUCAUAAAAAAUUCAGCUCAAAUUGACCCAAAUCAAAAGCAGGCGAGUGUCAAUUGCUUUGCAAUUGUAACCUCGAAAAAGACACCUUGCAACUAGGUGCAAGCAUAUUAAAACCGGAUCGGUUAAGACGAGGAAUGAACGCUAACCAUUGUAUCCUUGGCUUUAUAUUUUGAUAUCAACAAAUGGUAUUUUUGUGUCAAAAUAGUAGGUUGACUUCGCUACAAACUUUAAGGAUAAUUUGUUUAAUAUAUUUGAGUAUUUUUACGAAUAAUUUUGAUCUACAUUUUCAAUAUCACGUUAUCGUAUGUCAAAUCUACCUAUGUCCAAAAUUCAAUUACCCAGGUGUUAUAAAUUUUUAGGGAAAAUGGACAUUUUCCGAGUGGGGUUGAAACAAAUUUAAAUUAUUAAACGCCUUCUAUAAGCGAAAAACAUUGUCUCCUAUCUAAUUCGCUUUUCCCUGCGGGCGAUAUCGUAGUAAAAUAUCAAUAUUUCUUUCCAGAAACAAAUGUUUAAAAGGUAAGUGGCAUAAAGUGGCACUUUAUAAUACAAAUCGCCACCAGUGUCGCCACGCUGACUAGCAUAUUAGAGACUGGGGAUAGCAACAUCAGCAAGCACAGUAUUUUUUCUUUUGAAAAAGUCGGUGCCUUCCGCAAACACGCUUGUGCCUUCGUGGCAGACUUGAAUGCACUGAGAAUUACGCACACGAUUCAUAUUUAAUACCGUAACACUUUCGCCUAAUUAAUCGACGUAAAACUCUUUUUAAUCAUUGAUAAAAAGUCCAGGGCAGCGUUAAAUAGAGCUUUAUAUUCAGUCAAUCUACCGCCAUUGCACUGAUAAUCGGAUAGACGAAAAUAGCAGAGAAAACUGAGUUCACAAUCUUUACAAUAUAGAAUCUUUUAGAAAAUUUGAAUACGUAAACUUUGUGUACAACAAGACUUCGCAACUGGCAAGACAUCGCUACCGUUUGUAACCAAAAUACCCAGAGAAAAAGAUGAAAAAUGGCAGCGGAAAUUUCACGAUUUCAAGUGGACUUUGCGAGAAAGAAACGGAAAGCGAGAUGAUCGCACAUGCGGUGUUUUUAAGCAUCGUGAUGGCGUUCACUUUAUUUGGCAAUUUUCUCGUCAUUGGGACGGUCGCUACAUACCAGAAGCUGAGGACGGUGACGAAUUAUUUUGUCAUUUCACUCGCAGUCAGUGACGUGCUGGUUGGCAUGACGACACUCCCAUUGAAGAUCGACCAAAUGAUUCACAAUAAGAAAUGGUGUCAUGGUAUAGAGCUGUGUACGUCAUGGAUUAUCGCAGAUAUCGUUUGCAAUUGUGCUUCAAUUUGGAACUUAGUCCUCAUCAGCAUCGACCGAGCACUCGCAAUCUCGUACCCAUUCCACUACCGCGAGAUGAUCACGAAGAGGAAAGCGAGUCUGCUCAUCUCUCUGGUUUGGGCCGGCUCCAUCCUAAUGGCUUUCUUGGGAAUGCUCAAUUGGACUUUUCCUGGACAAGAACAUAUAUUCACGGUUUUCUCGUGUCAAAAAGGUGACAGAGUGUAUUAUACAGUCGUCACAGUGUUGGGUUUCUUUCUGCCAUUAAUUAUCAUUCUUGUAUCCUAUGGUUUUGUUUUCAGCAUUGCUUUGUCUCAAGCUAAAAAAACAGUGGCAGUGACUGGAAGACGCAACUCUCUGACAACGGUUCAUUUCCUUCGCGAGUUUAAGGCGGGAAAAACGCUCGCAAUUGUUGUGGGUGCUUUCAUAGUAUGCUGGUUACCUUUCUUCAUAAUCCUCCUUUACACCUUCUGGGCACCACUGAAGUUCUAUAAAUGGAGCCUGAAUAACAAGCUGGCAUUUGAGUUUGUCGACGUCACGUUUAUUUACUUGCUCACGUCAGUAAACUCGGCCCUAAAUCCCUUCAUCUACGCGCUGUUCAAUACAGAAUUCCGAAGAGGUUUCCUGAAAUUUUUCUUCAAGAUUAUCCGAGUGAGGGCACGUCAGCAAAACGGGAGCGAUGCUCUUUCUGCCUCUCACAACUCAAGAAGACGAUCGAGCACUCCAUUCGCAUUUUUAAAAAGAAACUCAUCAGUGUAAUUUGUUUGAAAGGAAUUUCACCAUUUAUUAACAACGAAACGGUGGAGAGUAUAGAUGGAACUUAGCCACAAAGAGGAAACUGUUUUUGACAAUUAAAAGCAUGUA